AUGGUAAAGUUGUGGAGACAGAUUUCUGACCUGGAAAGCAAUGAGGGGAGCUCGAGUUAUGAUGGGCUAACACAGUUCCUGGAAUGUACGUGCGAAGGGAACGCGCUGGAAGGACCGUGCGAAUACUGCGUGAAAAAACAGCAGGAUUCUUCGCUAAUAUCGAGAGUAUCGGAAUCGUUUCUCCAGCAAGGCCCGGUGGUGACGGCGAACAUGCUAAUGUUAUUCUCAAUACUGUUGUAUUCAGGGAACUCAGUCGUCGUUAAGAAGUACAUACUGCUGGGAGGGACGGGGCCGGGGUACCUAUUCUUGAGGUCGAUCAUUACGAUUCCGUUCUUCCUGAUCAUUUACGCAAUAAACAGGAAGAAGAAUAAGUCGAUUCUGGUGCUUAACGAGAGCAGGAAAACGAACUUGAUCAUGAUAACCGCUUGCGUCUCAGGCGCAAUGCGCCAGUCGCUGGUGCCGUUCAUAAUGGAAGGCUCGGAGGCGUCGACGAUGGGAAUAGUGGCGCCCUCGGUUCCGCUGGUGACGGCAGUGAUCUCACACAUGUUCAACGUGGAGAAGCUGACGAAGAUAACGGUGGUGUGCCUUCUGAUAUCGACUACAGGACUGGUAUUUGCACUGGACCUGGUCAACAAGCUAUUAUCGUCCUCACACCUAUCGUACUACCUACUGCUCCUGAUACCAAUAACGAAGUCGUUCCAGGUGGUUUUCCUAAAAAUGUCGAGCGAUAAAUUUGAGGCGCUACACCUGAUGGCGAACCAGGUGUUGGUGUCAGUGUUGUUUUGUUUGCCCAUGUCCAUAAUAGUGUCUCUAUUAAAGACAGGGAGCAUAUCCAAGGCGGCGUCCAUGAUGCUGACUUUUACAUGUGCUGGGAGCAACCAUGGUGUCACUGUACCAGACUCUGAGGCCGUUCUUCACAAUGAUACUGGGAAUGAUUAUUCUGGGUGA